AUGGGGAGCAGGUCGACCCUAGUCGGUGUGGAAGUUCCAAUCACUGGCAGCGAUUCCGUCAAAUGGCAUGAACUCUUUCUUCCUCUCCCUGUUUCACGCAGCAAUGCCAUUUCUUCUGGUUCUUCAUCGCCACCACCAUCGCCGCAGUUCCCUUCUCUCACUGACGAUUGUGCCUCCUGCUGUGUCGUCGGAGAUCCUCCUCUCUAUUUCAUCUGGAGGAUACAUAAGACGCACCCGAACGUGCUGGAGGUGCUUGAGCUCUCUGCGGAGUCGGAGUUUCCCGAAAUUGGACUGCGUAUCACUUUUCCUGACUCCCUAUCUUCUUUUGCUCAUAUCCACCAAAACCAGCAGGAUGGUUCCACUCUUACCAACCCAUACACACUAUAUGUACUGACCGUCUCUGGAGUUGCCUACCUUAUAAAACUCAGAACUACUUCUGCUUACUCCUCCACAUCUAUUUUCCCGGGCGAUGAGCUGUUUCAGUUUGAUUUGACUAGUUACUCCAAUGCACCGAUAACUAGUGUCGCGGCCUCUGCUGGCUGCCUUGUUGUUGGGCGAAAUGAUGGAUCUAUUGCUUGUUUCCGUCUUAGCUUACUGAACCAUGCUGUUCCAGGUUUUGUGAAUGAGUUGCGCGAUGAUUCAGGGAUUAAUCGUUUAUGGGGCUUCAUGUCAAGGGGUAGGACAGUAGGAGCUGUGCUGGAUUUGGUGAUCAGGGAAUUGCACGGAGUGCCCUUUGUAUUUGUGCUUCAUUCUAAUGGGGUGAUACAAAUUUGGGAUUUGUUAAGCCAUAGCAAAAUUUUCAGUCAAGGCAUGAAUGUUCAAAGUCCUGAAGGUGCAGCAGUUGUACGGUUGUGGGUCAGUGAAGCUAACAAUCAGUCAGACAGAAUUCCCUUGGCCAUCUUGCUGAGGAAGAGCCCGGAAUGUAGCACGGAGAUGAUUUGUGUAUAUAGCCUGCACUAUGGUUUGGGGGAUCGAAUGACAUUAUCUUUAGGACCUUUGUUGCCAAGCAUCUCUCUGGAGGAAGGACAUUGCCUUGAUGUAAAGCUUUCAUCAGACAGGAUCUGGAUUUUAAAAGAUAAUGGUUUGGCAUUUCAUUACAUAUUUCAUACGGAAAUUGAUGUGAAAGAAGCUCGCUGCUAUGCUUUGCAAGAAGAAUUUGUUGCCGAGCAGCUAUUCCUAAAUGCGGAGCUUUCUUCAGAUGAUCUCCUUUGGAUGAUCCAUUCUAUUUUUUCCUCUUCAAAGGAACAGAUAGUGCCAUUUAUCUUCUCUACAUUCUUACGAAGGCUGCUGCUCCCCGGGGUUCUUCACUGUAAUGUUCUACGUUUAACUCUACUAGAUUACAACAAACAGUGGACUGAGACUGAAUUACAGUCAUUGACUUUUGAUGGACUGAAAAAGGAAAUUGGCUCACUUGUAGAUGAUGAGGGUCUUGGUCGAACUUCAAUAUCGAUAUACUACUUUUGGAAGAAUUUCUUUGGGCGAUAUUUCAGUCACUGGUGCAAGAAUAAUUCACCAUGUGGUUUGCUAAUUCAGCCUCUCACAGGAGGUGUUGUGUUAAUCAGAAAGGAUUCUCUGUCUUUGUUUCGCAGUAUGGCAAACAUUGAACUGAUGGCUGAGGGCUGUCUUCAAGAAUUUGUUGAUCUCUUGAAGCCUGAAUUGGGAUUAUCUUGUGAUGGCGAGCAUGCGAUUCUUUUGGAAGUACUCAAAUGUGUUACUAGUAUGAGCCAGUCACUUGGGAAAACUGCCUCUGCUAUUCUCUAUGAAGGCCUUGUUAGCAAGUCAAAUAUAUCCUUGGAAGAUGUCGUUUCUCAAUUACUGAAAAUCUUGCAAACUGGGUGUAUACCGUCAUCGUUAGUUCCCUUUUCCGACCUUAGUGCUGAUUUUGAUUUGGGAAAGGAAUCUAAUCACAAGAAUCUGAGGAAAUUCUCGGUCAGCAUGAUUUUAUCUCUUCAUGCAUUGUCUAGAAAGGCCAAUUCUUGGGGAAAAGUCUUAAAUGCUAUUGAGAGCUACAUCCAAUUUCUUGUACCACAUAAAAUCUUAAAAAGUUUAGACUCAGAAGAAUCCAUGAAAAUUGGCACGGCUGCCAUGGUGCAGUCAACUUCUCAAGUUGCUCAGGCAAUGUUCGUGUCAGCAUUGGAGAUUCUUCUGUUUGUGAAAUAUCUUCUCAACGUUAGCGGAAAGAUUAAUAUGUUGCAUGCUGAUAUAUCCAGGAUACAACUUGAAUUAGUUCCAAUGAUUCAGGACAUAGUUUCUGAAUGGUUGAUAAUUUACUUUCUGGUCACCACGCCAUCCGAGUCUCCUGGGAUUGAAGACUUCAGUUGUCAACUCUCUUCAUUGCAUAUCGAUAGCAAAAAUGGUAGACGAUCAUGGCACGACAAAUUUGGCAAACUUGAUUUUACUUUGGCGUUUAUUCUUCUGAUGUCAAAUCAAACUUCUUCUCAAGGCCUGAACCAUCAUUCAUCGCAUUAUUUUCCAAAUCCCAGUUAUAUUAUCAGUGCGGUACAACACUUUACUGGCUGGAUAAUUUGGGGCAAUACCAUGGUUGAAUCAAAUUCUCCGUUGAGGCAUUAUGCCGAGCUUGGAUUGACCCUACUCAGGCAUGGCCAGUACUAUGCUGCUGAGUGUCUGUUGAGUGUUGUGGAGGCCAAUGUACAGAGGGAGAAGAUAUUUAGAAGUCUUCAAGAAAAUGAUGGUGAUUGGUGUGUACUACAACACCUUUUAGGUUGUUGUCUCCUUGCACAGGCACGAUUUGGGUGCCCUGGGAUCCUGAAAGAAAGGAAAAUUUAUGAAGCAAUUCGUUGUUUCUUCAGAGUUUCUUCUGGAGAACGAGCAUCAAAAACUUUGCAGGCUUUAUCCCAUGACACAGGAUUACCACCUCUUUGCUUAGAUGAUUCUGUAUCAUCUGCUGCGUGGAAGCUACACUACUACCAGUGGGCCAUGCAAAUAUUUGAGCAAUAUAAUUUUAAUGAAGGUGCUUGCCAGUUUGCUCUUGCUGCACUUGAGCAAGUUGAUGAAGCUACGAGUCGAAGAGAUGGAUCUCAUGUGGGUCGUACACUUGAUGAGUCAGCGGUUACUAUCAAGGGGCGGUUGUGGUCAAAUGUUUUCAAGUUUACUUUAGACCUGAAUCGCUUCCAUGAUGCAUACUGUACAAUAAUCUCAAAUCCGGAUGAAGAGAGCAAGCAGAUCUGCCUCCGGCGUUUCAUUAUAGUACUUUAUGAGCUCGGAGCAAUGAAGAUUCUCUGCGAUGGGACACUACCGUUUACAGGUUUAGCUGACAAGAUAGAGUGUGAGCUUGCCUGGAAGGCAGAGCGCACAACUAUUACGGCACAGCCUAACCUCUAUAAACUCCUCUAUGCAUUUGAGAUGCAUCGGCAGAAUUGGCGGAGGGCAGCAAGUUACAUUUACGAGUACUCAGUCAGACUAAAGAAUGAAGUGGUGAAUGCAGAUCAACAGCACUUGUCAUGGGUUCUGCAAGAGAGAAUCAACAGUAUAUCAGCUGCGAUCAAUGCAUUGCAUCUUGUUCAUCCAGAAUAUGCUUGGAUCGAGCCUCCAUUUGAGAAAAACAUAAAUCGAAUUGAAGGUUAUCCACAUAAAAGGUCCAAAAAGACAGAGAUGGAACAUUUAGCUCAUGAUCAUGUCCUGUCUCGGAAAGAGCAAUCCUAUAUUGACCUCGAUAAACUUCAGGAUCAGUUUGUGCUAAUUUCAGCUGAGUAUACACUGUCACUGGCAAAUAUUGAAUCAAGGUCCACUGGAAGAGAAGACCCAUCACUUUUGGUUAGCAUCUUGGUCCAGGCCAACUUAUAUGACAUGGCAUUCACGAUUAUUUUGAAAUACUACAAGGGUUCAGCAUUGAGGAGGGAACUAGAAAGAAUCUUCUCGGCUAUGUCACUGAAAUGCUGUCCAAAUAAAAUCAGCUCGUAUACAGAGAGGAACCAACUUGUUUUAAUAUCCUCGGAAGAAAAGUUUCAGUCUUCACCUGAAAUGGGGUCUAUGUAUCAGCAACCUAACGGCAACUCUCAAUGGGCAACUCUUGAGUUUUAUAUUAGGAAGUAUAAAGUAUUUCAUGCUGGAUUGCCGGUAAAUGUGGCUGAGACUUUGCUCCGAACAGAUCCUCAUAUCGAAUUGCCUCUUUGGCUUGUUCAAAUGUUCAAGGAUGCUUGCCAGGACCGGACAUUUGGGAUGACUGGGCAAGAAUCAAAUGCUGCUGCCUUGCUCCGGCUAUAUGUAGAUUGUGGUCGGCAUAUGGAAGCUGUAAAUCUUUUGGUUGAGUAUAUAGACUCGUUUGCCACUGUGAGACCAUCAAAUCUAAUUAAUCGUAAAAAACCAUUUGCGGCAUGGUUUCCAUAUUCCACUAUAGAGCUGUUAUGGUGCCGACUGGAGGAUUCGAUUACUUCUGGUGGCAUGAUUGAUCAAUCCGAGAAGCUCAAAAGACUGUUGCAUGGAGCUUUGCAUAGCCAUCUAAGGCUGUUGAAGGUGGAUAAUGAUGAUGCAUUGGCUGCUGCUGCUGGUCGCUAA